GAAGUAGUCAUUUUUAGGCAAGAGGACAGCGCAGGAAAAUUCACUUCUGCUUAGUGAGGGGAAAGAAGUAUAUUUGCACAUCGAUUCAGAUAAUGUUUGGUAAUACUUCGAGACUUAUCGCAAAGACCAAGGCAAGUUCAAGACAAAGUGGGCUCAAGGCCGAAAUUAGGUCGACCUGAUCUCAAGAACUACAACUCUAGCAGUACCUCAGUCUAUACGUGUAUCGUGGUGCGUACACUUUUAAGGGAAUUGGUGGUGACCGUCCUUCAAAGCCGGCGUGGGAUUGGCUUUUGUAGAGGGGUGUGAACUUUGCGUCAGUUCCUGCCGAGCAAGGAAUUCGGGCUAAAGAUGGCGGCAUUUGCAACAUUUAGAGGUUCAUUCAAGUUAAUGAGACGUUUGCUCUCUCUACAGUACUAUAAACAUUGCUGCUCAAGAGUGCAAGUCGUACGACCGGAAUAUUCAGCCCAUCGCAUUCACUUUAUGUGCCUGCCAUAUAGGAGUUUUAAGACCAGUAAUUGUAAUCCCGGCCCGAUUUUUCAAUUUAAACUUUCGGACAUUGGGGAGGGCAUCCGGGAGGUGACGGUGAAAGAAUGGUAUGUGAAAGAAGGUGACAAGGUGUCCCAGUUCGAUAGCAUCUGUGAAGUGCAGAGUGACAAAGCAUCAGUGACGAUAACCAGCCGUUACGACGGCGUCAUCCGUAAGCUUCACUACGACGUGGACUCCAUCGCGCUGGUGGGAACGCCGCUCGUGGACAUCGAAACCGAGCCGACUGAGGAGGAAGCUCCGGAGAAGGAUGUUGUCGAAACACCAGCAAUGUCCCACGAAGAACACACCCACCAGGAGAUCAAGGGACACAAGACUCAGGCCACACCCGCUGUCCGCCGCCUGGCCAUGGAGAACAAUAUUAAGCUGAGUGAGGUAGUGGCGACGGGAAAAGAUGGACGCAUCUUGAAAGAGGACAUCCUCAACUACCUGUCCAAGCAGACCGGGGCCAUCCUGCCCCCCACGCCCUACCAGGAGAUUCAGCCGCCGCCACCCUCAGCGGCCCCUUCAGCGGCAAAGCAGAAGGACAGGGCCCCCCCUGGGGUCUCCCGGCCUGUGUCCCAUAGACCAGUGUUCACGGGAAAGGACCACACAGAGCCCCUCAAAGGGUUCCACAAAGCGAUGGUGAAAACAAUGACUGCAGCGCUGAAGAUCCCGCACUUCGGUUACUGCGACGAGGUGGACAUGAGCAAGCUGGUGCGUCUGCGCUCCGAGCUGAAGGACCUGGCCGAGGCGCGGGGCAUCAAGCUGACCUACAUGCCGUUUUUCAUGAAGGCAGCCUCCUUAGGCCUUCUACAGUACCCCAUCCUCAAUGCCUCCCUGGACGACGGCUGCCAGAACAUCACCUACAAGGCAGCGCACAACAUCGGCCUGGCCAUGGACACACCGCAAGGCCUUCUCGUGCCCAACGUGAAGAACGUGCAAAUGCUGAGCAUCUUUGACAUUGCUGUUGAGCUCAACCGUCUACUGUCCCUUGGCACAACGGGGCAGCUUGGUACCAGUGACCUCACCGGAGGCACCUUCACCGUCUCUAACAUCGGCUCGAUCGGCGGCACCUAUGCGAAGCCCGUUAUCCUGCCUCCUGAAGUGUCCAUUGGAGCAUUGGGGAAAGUCCAGGUCCUGCCUCGGUUUAACUCCAAAGGCGAGGUGGUGAAAGCGCACAUCAUGAACGUCAGCUGGUCUGCUGACCACCGCAUCAUUGACGGAGCCACUAUGUGCCGCUUCUCGAACCUUUGGAAGUCCUACCUGGAGAACCCAGCCACCAUGGUUUUAGAUCUCAAGUGAUCGUGCAGCACUUGUAGCCACCUGAACUGAAGUGACCCGUGUUGUCUAAUGGUAUCGAUUGACUUUAUUUCGGAGUUCGACCCCAGUGUUUCUGUCCUAAUCACCCCUCCCCCCCACUGCUGUUCAUGGGGUCAUAACACAUGAAAUGCGUUUGCGACAUUCUUAACACUAAUCCCAUUGUAGGGUCCUCAUUGCCUUUUGGGUUGGGUUGACUCGACAUGCCUUCCUGUUGUCUUGCGUACUGAGUCAUGAGUUGUAUGUUAUCUUAGAUUAGAGCUGCUGUUUGUCUAUGGCAUGCUCAUCAGUAUCAGGUCAAUAAGUUCCCUACCCUAUGGGGCAGUAGGUAGCACAAUUGUUAAACACACAGAUGUGCAAUGUGAAGGUUGCUGGUCCGUGUCCCAGAAGGGACAUGGCUGGUAGACCAUGAAAUAUUUUUUUAAACCUCAAUUACUCUAGUUAAUAUCUGACUAUAUGAACCUGGUGUGAUAAUCAUGGUGAAUUUCUUUGGGUAAAAGCAUCGAGUGUGUCAGCUAAGUGAUAGCACACAAGCAAUCAGAGGGGCGGGACCUUCAGGGUACAUGCCUUGUACAGCCAAUAAUGUAAUAACUGCCAAUAAUAAAAUUUCUAAAUUAUAAAAGUAAUAACUUUACAUUAUGCACAAGAAGUAAUUACAUUAUUGACUGGGUAUGACAUUAUUGGCUGGUGUAGCAGCCAUUAAUAACCACCAUUAAUGUAUUAAAAUGAUUACGUUACUGGCUGCUAGAUGCCUCAGAUUGUACUGAAUGAAUGCCAGAAAAAAAGCUGUUGCAACAGGGAAUAUUCAUUGUUUUCCCCUAUUUAAUAAUCAUGGUAUUACUCUAUUUGCUAGUUCCCCCCCCCCUCCCCAAGGUGCUGCUUUUUUGAUUUUAUUUCUAGUAGUUGCUGUUCUCAUUACAUCAUUAAUUACUGGGGAAUAAUGGACACAUGCCUUCCACAGAUUGGUACUGCUGUGGUUCCCAGCCAUAACCAUUUGUAGCCACCGUUUAGACUCUGAUGUAUUAUAGAGUGGAUGUGUAAUGCUAGGCGAGUGGGGAUAAGGUUUUAAUAAAUUUGUGGUGUCAGAUCUGUG